GCGAACAUUAAAACAUUACAUUACAAAUAACCCCGACUGCUGCUUUAUAACACUUUAAUAUUGAUUUAUUUUUAAAGAAAAGCUUUAUUUAACUAAUUGUUUUUUAAUUAUUUAGUGCGAUAUUGUUGUGUAAAUAUACCUAUAUUUAAAAAAAAAUGGGAUGUGCUAGUAGUGCCCCAUUAGUAGAACAAGGGAAACAUUUGGUGGAAGGGGUAAAGGAUACAGCCAACGAGACAAUAGCCAAGGGAGAAAAAGUUAUAGAUGACACAACAGGUACUAUCAAGGAUGGAGUGGACACAGUGAAAGAAACAAUGAAAUCGGCUUUCAACACCGCUGAAGAAUCUGUUGGUUCUGUGGCGCAUAAAAUCGGCGAAACCUUCCAUCUUACUACCUCAAAAACUUCGGAUAUCGCUGAUGAAGCUAAAGAACAUUUGAGCACAACGAUGGCUACAACAACAGAAGCAGCUGGCGAAGCAGUUUCUGAAGCUGAAACUGUAAUAGUAUCGGAAACUGAGCAUGCCCGUGAAGCUUUUCAAUCAGGAACCUCGCCAUUUUUCGAAACUGUGCACUCUUUAAACGAUGGGUUUGAAGAAACAUUAAAAGACAAUAUGGAAACGAAAGAGUUCGAGGAUCUUGAAGCUAGGUUCCACGACUUGGAUGAAGAUUUGGAAAAAGCAGAAGCUGAGCAGGCUAUGGAAAAAGGAGAAGAGCUGCUAAUGGAAGACUUAGAAAAUGACCAUCAUAUGGGUGCAAAUGUUACAAAAUUGGAAGAAAAAGUGGAAGAAUUGAGAAAAGAUGAAACAGAGGAGAGCUCCCAGAAGCACCAGCCUCAAAAGGAGGAGUAAGUUACCUAAGCAACCUCCGACAUUGUGGGAAGCAGCAGCUGAUGCCAUCUUGUUGAAACGUACCAUCAUGAAACUGGAACCGCUCCACGAUCGGUUAUUUAUCCCUCCGCCAGAAAAACCAUUGGACUCAACCGCAAAAACAACGCAAGAGAAUGAUAUUAUCGUUGAAAACAGCGAUAGCUAGUCCCGCCCGCUUUAUAUA